AUGGCACGUUUCCGUUGUCCAAGUGCUUCCGCAGUUGACCUUGCUCCGUCUGACAUCCCUAAUGAUGCGGCGGCUCGGUUGCCCAGACACAGGUCGCGUAUUGCAAUCCCGUCGAAGCACAACAAGAAACAUGGUAAAGCGAAGACACCUACGGGCAUGAAUGCAGGCCAAAAGGAACAUAUGCGGAUGGCAUUAAAGAGGGAACAGCUGAAAUCGCGGCGAAAUCAGCCUCAGUGGUCGUUCAUUUACGUGUCUAAUCUCAAUUCCAAGAUCUCGGAUGCCGAGCUGCAAAGGACCUUUGAGCGGUUUGGUAGAAUUAGGCGUAUCAUUCGGCGAGCCAGCGGCGGUAUUGUCGUGAAGGGCUAUGGCGGAAGCGACCCGUCAAUGGACCGUCAAUAUGCGUCCAUACAGUAUGUGAAUCCAUCAUCUGCCAGGCGGGCACUCAUCCUCAACAAGAGGAAGCUGAAUGGAGUUGAGCUUGUGGUUUGCUUCAGUGCUGCCGAUCUCCCGGAAACUGCAAGGAUCAUCCAGGAGCACAUUAGACGGAAGCACGGACCCCCUCCUCGGACGUUUAACCUAAAGAACCCUUGGACGUUUGUAAAGCGUCUUACAGUUCAUCGUACUCAACGUUCGAUUUUUCCUGACGAUUCUCCAGGUAUUUCUCACAACAGGCAUGUGGCAAUGGGGACGUCCUUUGCCAUGACUGUCAUGUAG